GGCGCGGGCGCCGCCGAGGCUUCCGUCUGGCUCUCGCGGCGGCGGCGGCAGAGGUCGCGCACAGAUGCGGGUCGGAGCGGCGCGGGGAGGCGGCGGAGGCGGGAAGGAAGCUGCCAGAGGAGCCCCGCAGGCGCCUGCGAGCCGGAUGCGGUGCGUGGACGAAAGAUGCAUCAUGGAAUGAACCCGAGCCCGGGAGACGGAUUUCUGGAGCAGCAGCAGCAGCCGCCGCCGCCCCCUCGCAGGCUGCUGGCCGCGGUCCUGUGGAUCCAGCUGGCUCUGUGCUUCGGCCCCGCUCAGCUCACGGGAGGGUUCGAUGACCUUCCGGUGUGCGCUGACCCAGGCGUCCCUGAGAAUGGCUUCAGGACACCCGGUGGAGGGCUUUUCCUUGAAAGGUCUGUCACCCAGUUUUACUGCCAAGACGGGUUCACGCUCAAGGGCCCUACAAAGAGGCUGUGUGUGAGACAUCUCAAUGGAACCCUCGGCUGGAUCCCCAGUGAUAAGCCCUUCUGUGCACAAGAAGAUUGCCGUAUCCCUCAAAUCGACGAUGCUGAGAUUCAUAACAGGACAUACAGACACGGAGACAAGCUGAUCGUCACCUGUCACGAGGGAUUCAAGAUUCGCUACCCUGAUCUGUACAACAUGGUUUCUCUGUGCCGUGAUGACGGGACGUGGGACAACCUGCCGCUCUGUCAAGGCUGCCUGAGACCUCUUGCCUCUUCCAAUGGCUACGCGAACAUCUCCGAGUUGCAGACCUCCUUCCCCGUGGGGACGGUCAUCUCCUACCACUGCUUCCCUGGGUACAAGUUGGAGGGGGCCGAGCACCUCGAGUGCCUACACAGCCUCAUCUGGUCGACCAGCCCACCCCGGUGCCUUGCUCUGGAAGUGUGCCCGCUGCCUCCAACAGUGAGUCAUGGUGAUUUCGUCUGCCACCCGCGGCCCUGUGAGCGCUAUAGCCAUGGGACUGUGGUGGAGUUUUCUUGCGACGCUGGCUACAGCCUCACCAGUGACUACAAGUACAUCACCUGCCAGUAUGGGCAGUGGUUCCCCUCCUACCAGGUCUACUGCAUCCAGUCAGAGCAAACAUGGCCCAGUGCCCAUGAGACCCUCCUGACCACGUGGAAGAUUGUGGCAUUCACGGCGACCAGCGUGCUGCUGGUGCUGCUGCUCGUCAUCCUGGCCAGGAUGUUCCAGACCAAGUUCAAGGCCCACUUCCCCACCAGGGGGCCCCCGCGGAGCUCCAGCAGUGACCCGGACUUUGUGGUAGUGGACGGCGUGCCUGUCAUGCUUCCAUCCUAUGACGAGGCUGUGAAUGGAGGUGUGAGGGCGUCAGGCCCAGGGUACCUGGCCUCCGUGGGCCAGGGCUGCCCCUUGCCAGUGGACGACCAGAGCCCCCCAGCAUACCCCGGCUCAGGGGACAUGGACAUGGGCACGGGGGGGUCAGAAGCCUGUGACAGUGGCUCAGCCUCCUCUGAGCUGCUCCAGAGUCUGUAUUCACCUUCUGUGUGCUUGGGGGGCACGCACCCCGACAGCGUGGACACGGGGGCUGGGACGACAGGAGAGACAGCGUCUAGCAGUCCAGGCAUCGACAUUGCAGAUGAGAUCCCGCUAAUGGAAGAUGACCCGUGACCAGCAACACCGCAAAGAUUCUCCUGCCCCUGCGGGGAUGGGAGCCGUGCCCCUUGGAGUGAGGCCCCAGGGGACGGACUGUGGGGCCGUGGGGGGGUUUCCAGCUCACCUACAUGGAGACCGUGACUCGCAUAAUCCAUUUUG